UGGGGCCCAGCGGCUACAGGGUGCGCGGCUUGAGCGUGUCUCACCCAGGAACGAUGAUAGCUUAGUCCUGUUUUGGCCAGUCCGGAGCAGCCUGUGCACCUGACAGGCUGUAAAGAUCUGUUGUGGAAAGAGGAUGGCUCAAGGCCCACUUCCAAUUCCUUGCCCAGUCCAACUUGGAAGUAUCAAGGGUGACUCCCUGGAAGCUGAGCUGCAUGAGUACGUCAGGCAAGGAAACUACGUAAAGGUGAAGAAGCUUCUGAAAAAAGGUAUUUUUGUUGAUGCUUGCAAUUCCAUGGGACAAACUUCUCUCUUUGUGGCUGCGUUGCUGGGUCUGGGUAAAAUAGUGGAUGUCCUGCUGCAUUAUGGCUCAGAUGCUAAUCAUCGCUGUUAUGAUGGGAGCACCCCUGUCCAUGCAGCUGCCUUCUCAGGAAGUCAGUGGAUUCUUAGCAAGUUACUGGAUGCAGGAGGUGAUCUGAGAGUACAUGACGAAGAAGGAAAAACUCCUCAGUACUGGGCUAUGUCAUCUGGAAAAGAAAGCAGUACUCAGAUGCUGGAAUUUAUACAGCGUUGUACACUCCACAUGCAGGCUGCCAUUCAAAACUUUCCCUCUGAUCUACUCAGGAAGGUUGGCUCAUCAAAAGCUCUGGUCUGCUGUCCAUCUAGGUUUAGUGGCCUUGUUCAGGGAAAUGCUGACAGUCCUCUGGGUAAAUUUCUAAGAAGUGGAGCCAGUGCCACCAAGAACAUUUACAGCUUUGGUUUUGGGAAGUUUUAUCUUGCAGGCAGUGGGCAUCUGGGGUACUUGGCAUCUCUCCCCAUUAUCGGGGAAAAGGAUGUGGUUCAGGCAGACGAUGAAGCAGCAUUUUCUUACCAUGUUGGACCAUACAUGAUGAUGACAAACUUAAUGUGGGGAGGCAGCAGAGUUACAGUGAAAGAACUCAGCUUUGGGCCCCAUCAGAACUGCAGUAAACUGCGCUUAGCUGAUCUUCUCAUUGCGGAGCAGGAACACAGUAGUAAACUCCGUCAUCCUCAUCUGCUGCAGCUGAUGUCUGUCUGUCUUUCUGGUGACUUGAAGAAAACUCGUUUGGUGUAUGAAAGGGUUAACUUUGGCUCUCUGUACAGCAUCCUUCAUGAAAGGCGUACAGAGUUCCCAGUGCUGCACAUGGAGACAAUAUUGCAUGUGCUGCUUCAAAUCAGUGACGCUUUGCGCUUCCUUCACUCCCGUGGAUUUAUACACCGCUCGCUGACCUCCUAUGCUGUUCAGAUGGUUUCUUCUGGGGAGGCAAAGCUAUGCAACUUAGAAUACAUGGUAGAGAGCAAAGAUGGUGGAGCACACAGUGAUCUGACACGUGUUCCUGUCCCAGUCCAGCUGUACAGGUGGUGCUCUCCUGAAGUAAUCCUUGAAAAAGCUGUCACAGUCAAAUCAGAUAUUUACAGCUUCUGUGUGGUCAUGCAGGAAGCCUUGACAGAGACCCCUCCAUGGAAAGGCUUUGAAGGCUUAGUUAUUAAACAGCUGAUCAUUUCAGGACAACAGUUAGAAGCAGAUGUCAGACUUCCUAUGCCCUAUUAUGGUAUCACCAAGUCAGGGCUGGAGCCUAAACAGAAGAACCGCUCCAUGAACCUUCAGGACAUUCAGUAUAUGAUGAAAAAUGACUUAAAGGACAUAGCUAAGUCUCAAACUGGUUGUGCUGAUGAACUGUCAGCACAAAGACGUGCUGUUUUUGCAGAUGUAAACAUCUGCUUGGCUUCAGCUUUCAGCUACCAGAAGAGAAUACAGGAAUUGCAGGAAAAGGAGACAGCUGAGGCUGAUGGCUUUCCUGCCCCAAGAUACUCUCUGUCUCGUGAGGAGAAUGGUGCUUUAGUGGACCAAGAGGCAUCCACCAGUCUACAGCCUGUUGGACAAGACAAAGUCUGUGAUGCAGCUUCUGAACUCGAGAUGACUCCCAAUGUCAGUGAUGUGGAUGACAGCCUCUGCAGUUUUGAAAUCAAUGAAAUCUUUGCCAGUUUUUCAGACCUUCAAGAAGAAAUACUGGAAGAAGGAGCUGGAUUGGGUCAAACAACUAAGGAUAAAAAAAGGCAGCAAGAAGAAGAGAAUCCUCCUGCAUCACCUGAGAGGCACUGUGAGGAAAAGUCAGUUUAUGAGGAAGGUGGCUUUCCAGAAUUGAGUACAGAGUAUGUGACAGAGAAGGAGAUGAGUGAAGCCUCUGACCUAUCCAUGCUGGUGCAGGUGAGCAGAGGUGCUGGGAGAACCAUAACUAGUACAUCCUCACCUGACCAGUACAUCAGCAAAUGUGUUCUUAACCUAAAGAUUGCCCAGAGCAUGCUACAGGAAGCAUCAGAUUCUUUGUGCAGAGCACACGAGAAACUAGAUGGAGAGGAAGCCACCAGAAAGCAAAAGAAGCUGCUUCGGGAGACACACUGGAACAGAUCUGAUGGCACUUCUCAAAGCACCCACUACCCUUUUUCUGGAGAUAAUACCUUUUUAUGGAAGGCUAUAGGUCCACCAUCAAAUAUCUGUAUUUCACCAUUAAUAGCACAUCAAGCACAAGGAGCACGGCAUGGAAACAGCUGCCAGACUGCUUCAAAGACAGCAAAGGAAAUGGAGGCAAUUCCAGAAGAGAAGUGGGAGUGCUUACAUGAGAUGAAGAAGAGUAAAAAUGAAAAGCAUCAUGAUCUCAGCUUCAGUGUGGUGGAAAGCCUGGAUGAUCAAAUGAGUCUAAACCAUGAGCAUUUAUUCCCAUAUGUAUCUGUAAGAUGCAAAAGAAAGUUCAACUUGCAGUGUCAGAGAGGAGGUGAUUCACAUUCUGCAGCAAAUGGAAGUGAAGAGAGGUGGUGCUAUGCGAGGUCAGGAUCUGAAAUUCACAGUGCAGAAAUAAGUGAGGAGAGAAGGAUGAUGCAAUCAAAAUGGAGGACUGAAGUAAAGCAGAUGGCCAGAAGAGUGGCCUCAGGACAACUAGAACUUGGCUCUCCGUAUUCAGCCAGUGAAUGUACAUCUGAAAGUGAAGCAGAGAGUGUAAAGGAAUCCUUUCAACAUGUCACUGUUAGAUGCCAGAAAAGUCAAGGCCAGCAAAGACAUAGGUGGCAGACAGGUGGUAACGUUGAGCCUUGGGAUCUAAGCAGUGAGGAUAGAUCUGAAUCUGAAGAGAGUGAUUUACAGUCUACAUUUAGAAGUUCUGGAGGGAGAAGUUGCUGGUCGCCCUCACAAGAUGAGGAAGCAGAGUCUGGAAUAGCCAUUCCUAAGGAUUCAGUCCUUCCUCAACAAGCUGAAAAUCUCCCUAAAGGGCAUUCAAGGGAAUUAUAUUGUUCCUUUAAUUCGUCUGCUGAUGUGUCUGAAGAAUUCUUGACUCCUAAUUAUUUCCUUCCUACUGCUGCCCAGGGAAACUCAGAUCUAGUAGUACAAGUAACAGAGAAGACAGGAGCGAAGCCUCUGUUGAGACCUUUGGACACCUCAGAUGCUGAGGACAAAUUAGAAGAUGCUUGUGAAGGAUUUUUGCAGAAACAGUUGCCUGAAGAUGCAGGUGCUCAGGGUUCAGGAGGAAAAAUCCUGUCCUGCAGCGCAGUGGCGCAGAACUCCGGCAGCAACACGCUAGGAGUGAAUCAACUCAGCCAUAUGCCUGUGGCCAGUAUUGAAACAGCACAAGAAGUGACACUGUGGGAGCCACAGGAAGAAUGCAAAGAACAUGAUGUAUCAGUGACAGAUAUUCAGGAUUUGUCAAGUAUCCACUAUGAGCAGGAGAACUAUUACAGGGAACUGGAUUGCAAAACUCCCAGAGUGAGUCAUGCACCAACCAGCGUCAGCACUCCACUUGGCUCAGAAGACAAAAUUCCAAUGGCCUUUGAGGAAUACAAACACUAUCAUGAAGUAGCUUCAGAUGCUUCCUUUUGCAAUUCUCAAGACAUCCCCUCCACAGUGUCCAAGACAUUUGCUACAGCCUAUGAGGAGGAAAAAGGUGCUGAAAUUCCUUCAGUUGCUUCAGGAGUUUGCUCCCCUGAACUGAAUGAGCCAGAUGAGCUGCCAGUAGUUGCUUCACCCUCGAGGAGCACCAGGAAGGCAUCAGCACUCUCCCAGACACCUAACCACUUCAUUCAUGAGCUGCCUCCACCAGCCCAAGAGAUGCUGGAUGAAAUUGAAUACUUAAAGCAGCAAGAUUCCAUCGUGGAAGACUUGAAAGAGGAGGGCUUGCAUGGCUGUGAAGUGCAAAUAAAUGUUCCUGAAAUGGAUGACAGAGAGUCAGAAAAAGAGUGUGAGAGGAACGAGAAGGGAAAUCAUAGUGUGUGGUCUAAAGAGUCAUCUCAUCUAGCAGAGGAAACAGAAAGGGCUCACUCUACUCUUGAUGAUGUUUUAGAAAGAAUGCUCCCUGCAGCUCCUAGAGAUGAGGAGAUGCAACAACAUCCCCCGGGACAGACUCUUGGGGCUGCAGGCCUGCAAGACCUAGAAGAUGUUGGAAAGAAGAAGGAAGUGGAGGAAGGUGGAGCCGGGACCAGAGGCAGAGCACCAGCAAGCUGUGCAGGGAGCUCGGAAGACAUGCAUCCCGAAAAUCAGAAAUCCCACUUAGAGGAGCAGCUGUCUUUGUCUGCACCAUUCAGGAUAAUUGUUUUGGAUCAGAGCUCUCUUGAGUGAUUAAAAUAGUGAAAAUAAGUUCUAUCACCUGCUUACCUGCUGCUUGUACAGUACAGCCUGUGAAUCACAACCUACUUUGACCACACCAACAACUGGAAAGCUCCAAACUCAUUUAACUGCAGCAGAAAGGACAGAAGAAAAUCUGAUGUUCUGCAUUGUACCAAUUAGUCCUGGCAUUACUCGACUGCUGCUCCUGAAUGCAGCACCAGCAACAUCCCAGAGCUGUUAGAGCAUCCUUAGGAAGCUGACUGUGUGUUGUGUUUUUUUUUGAUUGUGAGAGCAUCACAUGCAGAAGAAUUCCUUGCUCUGUUGCCUGCUGCAGGUUUCAGUGGAGCAGCCCCAAAGACUUGAUCCUGAGGGCUGCUAGUACUGCUCGGGCACUUCAGCCUUCCCCUGGUGGAGCAUGGGGUGCGGUGGCAGCCUGUGCCGUGUGUGUUUUCCCUUGCUCAUUAAAUUUAACAAGGUACCUGGUUUUCUUUCAGUGGGAGGUCUGUGUCUUUGCUGCAUGUGGAACUUCACAUUCUUGGCGGAAGCAGCUGGAACAGGAUCUGCUUUAGUCAGCCUGGGGCUGUGUAUUGCAAGGAGCGGAGGCUAAUGACCAACUCCUGCCAAAAGGAAAUCUGAAAUUCACUAUGGGAUUCUCCUCUUCAUGGUUUGUGACCUACAACAGACAAGCAGCCGAGGGCCCUUCAGUCUCCCUUUGGACAACGUUUUGAUUUAGCCAUGGAGGCAGCCAAGCUGAUGAUGCAUUUGUGAAGAUACCACUGUGUCCCAGGGGUUGCUGCUGUCUGCAGUCGGGGCUAAACUUUGUGUUUAGAAGCCUUAUUCAUGGGCUUCUAAAUCACAUAAACUGCCUCAGACUCUAGGAGUUUCCAUCCUCCUCUUGAAAUCUGGAAUAAAGACUCUUCUUAUAUCUUAAUUGACAUUUAAGAUAAUAAUUCUGUGUCCUUGAGCUAUGCUUUUUUGUUUUGUUAUCCAUUAAGGUGGCAUAUGUGAAACUUGCCCAGAGAGAAGUGGCAGCUACAGUAGCAGGAGCUGAAGGGUUUUCUGUGGAACCUUCCAUCAACUGGUAAAAGAGAUGGAUGUCAAAGUGUCAGUGGUUAUUGCUGCUUAUUAACAGUCUCCACUCCAUGCUGGAUUUUUGCCAGUUUUGCAGCAUGACCUUAAACUUCACAGACAGAACAAUUACUACACACACAGCUGCGUCUGGCAAGGGAGGGUGUUGCAGCUUUGUCCUGUGAACCACUGUGGAGAUACCAUCACACCUGGGCCAUGUUCAGCCCAACUACACAACCAAACAGGAGCAUGGAAGGUUUUGCUGUGAGGAAACAUGACUGAUCUUGUCUUUGGUCUUAAAAAACUUCCAGUGGCACAGGAAGGGGGAAAAAAAUACUGAUACAAUCCCACCAAACAGGGGCAGAUCCUGCAAUAAGAUAAUAUCAUGUCAAGUCAAAGAACCACCCACCUCCAAGCCCUUCUCUAUGUCUGUGUAAUAUGGAGGGGGGGAUGAGAGAGGUUGAGGCCAAAACUGGUAUAAAGACAAGGUGUGAAUAUACGUGAUGGAAAGGACCGGUGUGGAAAAGGCACAAAGCAAGUC